GUCAAAAUUUUAAGAUUUAAAAUAAUAAAUUUAGAAAACCAAUUUAGUUCUUAAUAUUUUAGAAAUAAAUGUGGUAAGGCAAAAAUGGAUGGACGGAGUUGUUGGACUAUAGAGAUUUAGAGGGAUCAUAUUCAAUAGUGCUUGAGCUAUUACAGAUAACAAGAACCAUAGCUCCAGGAAAUGGGGGGAGUAGGAGUGGGCAAGUCCUAGGGAGGAGUAGGUGUUUAGAAUCUGCCUGGAGAGGAAGUGGGCAGGGCAGCUUGGGCUCCAAGGCAGCAAGAGGUAUGAAAGGAAGUGCCUGGAGGAUCAAGGUACUCUCAGAGUGGAAGGCUGGCCCAGGGUAGCCUAGAUGUUCCCGGAACUAUGAGUGCGGGAAAGAACAGUGAGGGUGUGUGCAGAGGGUGUGUGCUGGCCGAGGAACCCCACAGACGUGGCAGGCAGCUCCGGGUAGGGACUGGGCUAGAGCAGGGAGCUCUACCUUUGCUGGUAUCCAGUCCCAAGAGAACUCAGCGCCAGCCCUGGAUGAUGCACCAGGAUGGUUACUAUCCUCCGCCUUCUCCACUUGUGAAUGGUUCGUUGGAUCAGGAGCCUCUGAGGCAGCUCCCUGAUAUGUCCCCUCGAGGUGGUGGCGGGCUGCCACUGCUCGCUGCCAUCACCGCUGCCUUUGUCCUGCUAGCGAUCUGCAUUGUACUGGUGGUUCGCCUUGGGCCUAUGCUGCACCAGGGCCGUGCUACUCUCCUCACAGAGCCACCAGUCCUGAAGCCAGAGAACGGCAUUUAUCUUAUCCACUGGCGGCUGCUGAGCCUACAGGACAGUUACACAGAAAGCCAGCAGCGACUUUUUAUCCCUCACUCUGGCCCUGCCCUAGAAGGGCACAGAUCCAGCAUCGAUGAAGUCACAUAUCUGUAGGAGGGUGAUUUGGACAUGGCCUGGCUGGUCUCAGAACAAGAAGCUGGACUGGAAAGUGAACUGAAGCCAGGGUAUCAGAGCUACAGACUGCCUCUGGACUCCUCUGGAGCUGUCCUCGUACUUAACAAGAAUGCAGCGUCAUGGUAACAAGAAAAGCCACUUGAGGAUCUUGCCUGGAGACAUGGUGCCAAGGUUAUCCUUACAAGGUUCCCCUCAGGGACCUCCAGAACCUUCUCAGAGUGCCAUUCCCUUCUUGCACUUCUGAUCUCCAACCCUCUUGAAGUAAAGUGAAGAUUCCAUCUCUGAGCAGAGGUCUGCAAUGAAGGCCCUGCAUUCACACACUGCUGGUCCACGGAGAGCUAAGGCAAGGGACCUGGGGUGUCUUCCCAGGAUGCUUGGGAAAGGAGGGUCUAUUGCCUUUCUGCCUCUGGAGGCCUUGUCGAUAAGCUCCAAAGUCCCUGGGAUUCCUAAUCUCCAUUUGGAGUUCCAGGAUGGGCUUUGAAUGUCCCCCAGGCCCGUCUUACCAUCCUAGGAUGUGACGGGCGGGGAUUCAGAGACUCUAAUUACCUCUUAUUCUCUGUGUGAGGGUGCACUGCCGAAGGAAGCCCACGACUUGGUACGAACCACUCCCAGAUCCAGAAUUCUCCAGCUUGUGGGAAAGCAGGAAAGGGAAGGAAUGUUAUGGAACUUGUCUGGGGAAGGAGGGAGCAUGGAGGGUCCAUCCCUAUAGAGAAGUAGCAUCAUUCAGCCUGUGGUCAGGAAAACGCAGGCCAGGGCCAGGUGAACAAAACUGGGCCCCAUGGUGGCUCUCUGGAAAGGCAUCCCUUUCUCUGGUACCUCAGAACCUCAUUUAUAUGCAAUCAAGACACCUACAGGCAUAAACUACUUGUAAAGUGGCACUA